AUGAGGAAGUGGAAACCUAACUUUGAUCUGAAGUCUGCUGCAAUUGAGGAAGUGUUGGUUUGGAUCCGUUUCCCUGACUUGCCUUUAGAAUACUAUGACGAGGAGAUUUUGGAGGUAAUGGGGAACGAAGUGGGAAGAACAGUCAAGGUUGACAUGUCAACCUCCCUUCAUGCUAGGGGAGGGUAUGCUCGUGUAGGGGUAGAAGUGGACUUGAGUAAACCCCUUUUACCAGUUUACAUUCUCGGUAAAGUAGAAAGGCCUAUUGUCUAUGAGGGCUUGCAUUUGCUAUGUUACAAUUGUGGGAAAUAUGGGCAUACUGAGAAGGAAUGUAAGGAGGAGAAGAUCUACCAGGAGCACUGGGAAGAUAGAAAAGGAGAGGAGCAGGUGAUGGAGACUAGGCCUUAUGGGGAUUGGACAGUAGUUCAAAACUCUAGAAGAGGGCGUAGAGGAGGUGCUGAUAACAGGAAGGGACAAGUAAAGCAGGGAGUAAGUGGUUCCAGAUUUGCUAACCUGGCUACUAUGGAAGACAAGGAGGAUGAUAGGGAGAUGCAUGUGGAGCGCAUGCCAAUUGUUCAGAACUUCAAAGAAUGGGUCAAGAAAAGGAAAAAUGUCCUGGUUGAGAAGGUCCCUACUCUAGAACCCAUGCAAGUUGAGAAUGUUAAUGAGGAAGGGGAUAAACGUAGCCAAGGAGGAAGAAGCUAUGAGAGGCUAAUUCCACUGUGCUUCUUGAAGAUGGAAGAGUAG